UUGUGAAAAAAUUGACAAAACAGUCCACAUUUCACAGGAGGGCUAAUAACUAACUUAAUUUUGAGUUUCACCUGUUUACUGUCCAUGUAUUUUCAUAUCCAGAUGAAUCAUUUCUGAGUUGUAUUUGCCGUCGUGUGCAGGUUUCACAGAAAGUACAGUAACGUUAACGUUAGUUAGAUCAGUUCAGUUGAACGACCGUCAUGUUUUAUGACUGAAACUGGCCUCAAUGUGAGAGAAACACACCCUGAUCAUAAAAACUGAGCUGAUAAGAGGGUCUAAAGGACGCGGGCCGGACAUAUUCGAGCCAGUUUGAGCAGAAGAAGCGGUUAACGAGACAAACUGACCAGAUUUAUCAUGAGGAGAUCAACACUGUACCUUCUGCUGGCCGUCGUGGGCUCUGGAUGCGUCUCGGCUUCAUCACCCGGCCCAAAAUGCACAGGUCAAAAAGAUGAAGGAACGGGAACAGAAAAGAUUAAGAAAUAUUUCUAUGAUCUGCAAGCAGAUUCCUGUGUGCCCUUCUACUUUAAGGGAACAGGCGGGAACGGCAACCGAUUCGACAGCGAUAAAGAGUGUGUGAAAGCAUGCUCUCCUAAAGCCCUCCAGAUUUACCCCACUGAUGAAACAUCAAUUUGCUCAAUGGAGAUGGAUGAAGGAACCUGUUUCGCUUUAUUUCCCAUGUAUUAUUACAACGCUGAGGAGAAGAUCUGCCGCAUGUUCAUAUACAGAGGCUGCAGAGGAAAUGCCAACCGAUUCGAGUCUCGAGAAGAAUGUCAGCAGACCUGUCUCGCGCGCUCUGGCCGACUGAUGGGAGCUGCAGAUCUGCCCAACCCUGAUGAGAAGACUGUUGAUGCAGGGCUGAUUGUGGGGGUUCUGGGUGGGCUUGUGUUUGCCGGUGCCGUCAUUGCUGCAGUCGUCAUGUUUGUGCUCCAAAAGAAAAGCAAGAAGUCCGAGAGGAAGCCGGUGCCGACAUCUGAUAUUGAGCUGAAGUAGAUCUGUCUGUUCACAGCAUUAGUCUCUCUGUACAUACACUCCUCCUGCUUUUGUACCAUUUAUACUACAGCCACGUUAGAAAAGUCAUUCAACAAGGGGUUAAACUGUUAGAUGUAGGCCAUGUGUCGUCUAUGAAAUGUUGUUUGACUGUAAGAGUUCAGUAAUGUUCUGUUAAUCAUUAAACAGUCCUCCUGUUUGUUUUAUACCGCAGCAGAUUUGACAUGUACUUACUAAGAUGAUGCAUUGAUGAUGUAACAAAUAAAUCUCUCCUUUUUUGUUCUA